AGAAGACGAAGAAGGAGGAGGAGGGAGGCGUCAGAGUUGUGUUUGAUGUUUGUUAAUUUAAAAAUAAACAUUCAGUGAAGGUUUGCGGAUAUUUUGUUGACGUCUAAAAAGUCAUAGACAUGUCAGACAACGAGGAUAACUUUGUUGAUGGAGACUUUGAUGAUGCAGAGGAAGACGAGGGCUUAGACGAUCUAGAAAAUGUGGAAGACGAAGACCAGGAGAAUGUGCAGAUCCUGCCAGCUGGAGAGGGUCAGCAGGCAAACCAGAAGAGGAUCACAACACCAUACAUGACUAAAUAUGAACGUGCCAGAGUGCUGGGAACACGAGCCCUUCAGAUAGCGAUGUGUGCACCAGUCAUGGUGGAGCUGGAGGGAGAAACAGACCCUUUACAAAUUGCUAUGAAAGAACUAAAGAGCAGAAAGAUCCCCAUCAUCAUCCGCAGGUACCUUCCUGAUGGGAGCUAUGAGGACUGGGGCUGUGAUGAACUUAUAAUAACUGACUAAAGAACAUAUCCAGUACAUGAACAACACAAUAUGAGCCAGUCAAAGAUUACAGUUAUUAACUGUGCAGUUUUUACUUAAAACUUGGUACCUUGAUUUGAUCCCUAAAAUGGAUUAGUGACCACAGUGACGAUAUAAUGCAUAUUGAAAUCCAAAUGGUGUGUUGUGUGUCUUCAUACCAUCUUGGUUCUUUCUUUCUCUCCUCAGCUGCAUGAUGUUUUAGGUGCAUUCUGUUCUUGUUUUUAGAGGUGCAGUACUAUUAUAGCCCACAAGGGGGAAAUAUAACUUAAGUCUCCAACAGUUACUUUUUUAUGCAUGUUGUAAUACCAUUUGUUAUAGGUGAAUAGUGUAUUAUGAAAUUUUUAUUGUGAAUAAAUACUUUUGUAUAAAGUGU